UUCAUUGUGUUGCUCAUUUUUAUCAACCAUUCUCUUUGGUCUUCGUUUCUCAUUCGUUUUUGUCUUAUUUUCUUGUUCCUAGUGUGAAAUUAGCUGGUUUUGUGAAAAAUGGAUUUAAAGUUCAUUAAUUUAUUGAAAAUUCGGAAUAGUAUUCUUGCUAAAACAUAAUUAACAUUGCAUAUGUUUGUGAAACUUUGAAUGGAAACCUUUGCAAUUAGAAUUACUGUGCGAUAAACUGGGAAAAAGUUCUCUGGCCUUAAAAUUUUCUAGAGAGAUUAACACGUAUUAUUAUUCUGAAACGUCUUCAAAGAGGAGGAACAUACUGCUUGGGAACAAUAAUUUUUAUUAUUAUUUAUAUAAUUAUUGACAUGUUUCAUCAAGAAAUUGACAAAAUCCAAUACAGCAGUAAAUUGAAAGAAGACAAAUAAAAAUAAUCAAUAGAUUGGAUUAACACAAAUUGCAAUUCAUCAACAUGUCGCGUCCUGAUUAUGAGCAAACUAUUUUGCAUCACAGUACAUUGUUGGUGUUGCUUCGAGGAGUGGGUGUAUCGAAACCAAGAUCCCUGCAGAAAGUCUUUGACAAAGUGAAACGUGUCAAUAAUGUAAAAAUACAAGAUUCUAGUGGUGUGGUACGUGAUAUUUGGGUACGUUACAUACACGACUAUCCUGUGGAAAACAAUGACUGGGGAGACUUCCAAACACACCGCAGGUUAUUGGGCUUGAUUACAAUUGGUAAAUUCGAAAAUCAGGCGGAGCUGAAUGAGAUGUGUCGCCAACAUGAAUCGUUAAAAGUUCGUUAUGUCAGUACAUUGUACGAUUCUAGGGCCAUAUUCUUUGGUCCUGCUGAAACAACAACAACAAAUGUUCCUCAAACAGCUACAAAUCACAUUGAUUCCAAUGAAUCUGCGCAUUUAGAUACCAUCAAGGAGAACAUAGCCACAGAGUCAAUGCAGGAUUCUCCGGCUACUAACAACAGUUCCAAACGCCUAUUAGAUGAAUUUACCACACCGUCCAAUUUCAAAGCCCAAGCAUUUUUCUAUCGUGAAAAUGAUAUGUGUUCGGAUUUGGAACAUCACAUGGUCGACUUUGUUAAUGCCCUGUUUUGGGUAUUGGAAUCACGACGACUGGAGCGUUCUCGUGAAAAAAUGGAAAAAUGGACAUUAAUAAUGGCCCCUUUCGAGAAACGAGAUUUUGUGGGCCUGGAUAUGGAAUCUAGAAAUAAUCGGAAGCGAGUGGGUGGUAGGAUUGUCAAGAAUCUAGCGGACUUGUCUUUACAGGCAGGAUUAAUAAACGAAGCUUUAACGUUGUAUCACAAUGCCUGCGAAACUCUACGCUCCAUUAAUGACAUUCUGUGGUUAGGGGCUGCUGAAGAGGGUCUUUGCUCGGCAUCAGCUUGCUUACUUUUCCCUCAACUACGGGUUGAUGAAACUCUACAUAGGAACGCAUCAUUGCAAGAAGGUUCACCGCUGAAAUGCACACCCAAUAAGUGGAGGCAAAGUGAAAUAACCAAACGUUAUAAUUCUAAUGAUCGAUCUAUUAAUCAUCAGCAAGAAGAGGAACAUAAUGAUGUUCCGGCCACCACCCCUGCUCAUCAGGCAACACCACAUUCUGCUUCCACUUCUUCCGUAUCGUCAAUACUAACCAACUCUACAUUAUCGCAGGCCUCGACAAAUUCCACAUCCUCAUCAUCUUCCACAAUAUCCACACUGUCGGCCACAAGUCCUCGGCACCACUCCGAAUUGCCGGGAAAUAUUCUAAAACCAGAUGAAAUUCUAACGUUUUUCAAAAACGCCAUUAUUAAGUACAGCAAAUAUAGUCAUGCCGCCAUUGUGGAGAUAGAAUCGGCUUUUAAAGCUUCCCGCAUAAUGAUUGAACAAAAUCGUCCACUGGAUGUGGCCAUGUUUUUGCAGAAUGUCCUCUAUGUCACCCACAAUAUGACUGAAGCUGAACGCAUUAAAAGUUUUGAAAUGAUGACAUCGCUUUACCUGCAAAUUGGUUAUCGUCGCAAGGCGGCAUUUUUUCAACGUUUGGCUGCUCUGAAACAUGCCCAUCAAAACUCGUCCAAUACUGACUGGUCACAGACUUAUCGACUAAUGUUAUCAAGUUUCCCUGGUUACAUGCUUUCGCUGGAUCCCUUAGAAGUUUUAGAAUAUAAAUCUGGAUGGCCUUCGUUACAAAUUGAUGUCUUGCAAUCUCUGAUAACGGCAGCUAAAUGUUUGGGACACUCAACAUUGGCCACACGUCAUAUGACGUUUCUGCUACAGACCCAGUGGCACAAUAUGUCACUGGCGGGACAAAGUGAAAUGGCUGUGCAAUUAUCGAAUCUAAGCGCCCAGUGUGAAGGUUCCCCGGUGCCAUUGGUCUUGGAAAAUGGAACAGUUAUACCACCUGCAAACCUUACCGAUUUACCAUUCUGUAUGGAUAUUGUGGUUAAAGAUUUGCCAGCUCAUAUGAGACCACAACGUAUAAAAAUUGCCAAAGCCGAUAGUGGUCCAUUCUUAUUUACACCACUGCAAUUUAAUUCAAUGGAUCGAAGAGAUAAGAACAAGGAUAAAAAUAAAAUUGCAUUCUUUUGGGUCCAGAACAAUGUUAGUGAGGUAUCUGUACGCCUACGAAAUCCAUUGCCAUUUGAUUUAACUGUCAGCGAUAUGCGUUUGCUAACCAAUGGAAUUGUUUUUAAAUCUCUACCACAAACGGUGAUACUGCAACCCGAGAAGCCCACUUUAAUAACGCUGCACGGAACACCAAUGGAAGUGGGACAAUUGGAAAUUCAGGGUUAUAGUACACAUACAUUGGGUGUUAAAUCAAAUUGUCGCAUGAAACACAUGAAAGGAAGGAAAUUUCCCCAAAACUUCAUGGUCGAUGUAAUACCGGCAUUGCCAAUGAUUGGUGUGAAAACAUCCUUGCCACAAACAGCUACAUUCAGCAACAUGUCGGGGGCUGAUACUGUGAUAACCACAGCAAGUCUAACGCUAUACAAUGGCGAAUCUUCCAUGUGUGUGAUAACAAUAACAAAUAACAGUGAUAUACCCGUUGAACAUUUAGAAAUAACCAUAAACUCAAACUUAGAACAGGAUAUACAAAAGAAAGUUUUUCAAAUUGAAGAUGAUUUACAAGCCAAAUUGCCUAUUGCUCCACAAAGCAGCAUUGACUUCAAGUUGAAUAUAUUUGCUGAGGCUGACUUUAUAUGUCCCAUUGUCAAUCAAGCACCAGCAUCUAUACAUUCCAACAGUACACUCACCCAACAUCCUUAUGAUCAUAGUCAUUCUUUGCAGUAUUCUUCAACAUUAUCGAGCGGUCAUACAAGUUUACCAUCACGUGUGGGAUCGCCCAGUCAAUAUCAACAACAGGUCUCAGCGGCAACAACACGUCGCAAUGACAUGGCCUACAGUAGCUUCCGUUCAACAACAUCAACGGCUCAACACUCGUCGUUGGCUACAUUGAGUUUAACCACUGCUGAUACGAAUUCCCUGCACCAAGCUCAACCUAUUGAUGCUCAAAUACGUAUCAAAUAUUCUGGCGGCGAGGCAAUGCAGGAGGGAUAUUGUCGUCAAUGUGCUGUCUACUUUAAGUUGGAAUGUAUACAAAGUGCUCAAAUAACCAGCUGGGAUGUAUUGCCGGCAGAAGUGCCAUCUCAAUUCUAUUUGGUGUUGGACAUAACCAAUUUAACUGCUCAAGAAAUGACGCUCAAUUAUACGAAUAAUAAAACUAUUUCCAUGGAAGCCAAUGAAAGUUGUCGUGUACCAAUUCCGGUUGAUCGAUGUUCCGUCGAAGAGGUUUGGGCAGCAAGAGAAGCCGAAAUUGCGGAAAACUUAGAAAAAGAAUUAUGUUUUCGUACUGAAAUGGGUACAUUCAAUGACUCUGUUAGUCGUUUGUGUUCCAAACACAUUGCUGAAAGAGUUAAAAUUAAAUGGUCACUAACAGGGACAGAUAUUCAAGGCAUAGCUUCAUUAAAGGGCAUCGUUUUGACACAAGCCAUGAUAGAUUUAUGCACUGUCUCACCUUUACAAUGGAAUAUUUCUUUUAAAAAUCAACCAGUACAACCCCAAUCAGAGGUGGUGUGUACAGCUGGCCAAAGUUCUUUGCUAAGCAUUACCGUGUGCAAUCAAUCGUUACAACCAUUGAAAAAUCUAAUACUCACCAUUAAAUUCUAUCAGGAUUAUUUAAAUGGCACCGAAAAUUAUAAUUUGGAAACAAGGGUUGCUAUUUCAGGACCUAAUAGGGUACGCAUACCCAUAUUGAAAAAAGACGAAAAAGUCAAUCAUGAAUGUACAGUACUGUUUUUUACACCGGGUCGUUUCAAGACCAGCAUUCAAUGUCACGCCAAACCUCAGCAACAACAAAAACAUUCACCUGCUAAUUCAAUGCUCUCUCGUUCUUGUCCUGCCAAUGAUCCCAAUCUGCAUAUAACUCUCAACGAUAUUACUGUUGGCGCUCAAAGCUAUCAUGAGCAACAGGAACAUAUUUGGAAAUUUAUACCACCCAUUGAGGUUACUGUUGUCGAACAACAAUAAAUAAAUAAACAACAAGAAAAUGUGUGCGUGUUAUAAUAAUAAUAAUAAAAUUAUUAUUGUUUUGUCAGUCAUGAUGACCCCCCCUCCUCCCGUCUCCUCCUUUUCCUGCAAAACAAACAAAAUGGUGUUUCCUUUUAUACUUUACCCUAGGUUGAGUGUUUAUGAUUAAUGAAUUUGUGUAUAAAUAUUUUUUAUAUAUAUAUUAGAUUUUUUUUAUUUUUUUUUGUUAGUAUAAUAUCAAAGAAAAUCAUGUUUUCUUAUGGAUUUCUUGUACCAUUAUAGAUAUUAUUAUAUACUAUUAUGAAAAUAUAUAUUAAAUAUAUUAUUGAAGGCAGUAUCAUGCAUAUAUUAUAGAAAGUUGAUAAGAAUAACCCCCCCCCCCAAAAAAAAAAAAAAAAAAAAACGGCCUAUACAAUUUGUUGUAAGCCCCGUUGUCUUUUUUUAUUGAGCUUUAUGUCUGAAAUUAUAUCAUUUUAUGUAAGAAGAGAGAUUUUCCUUACCAUGUAACGAUAAGAAUUUAGUUUAUUUUUCCAACAAGACUAUUAGGUGAUUUUUUUUGUUUAUUGAAUUGUUUUUUUAAUUAUUAUUUUUUUUUAUAAAAAAAACUCAAAGCAAUUGUCACUGGAGAGCAUAAACCAAUUAAAAAAAUUAUAAUAACAUACAUUUAAUAUUUAUAUACAUAUUGUAAUAAAGCAAUUAAUAAUUGAUAUACGCUUGUGUAAAUUAUUAUACAGAAAUUAAAGAAAAAAUAAAUAAAAAAAAAA